CUAAAAUAUAUUUUAUGAUGACCGUUUCGUGAUGGGUGCGAAUACAGCGAAUACAUAAAUUAAAUACUGAAGAUGUCAGUGAUUAUCGUAUCUGUAAUGGGACUAUAGAUGCUAAAAAAGUAAAGGAGUGAAUACGCAACAUGAAUAUAUUACACUGUUACAACUACAUCCCGGUCUCAUAUUGAUUCCUUUCACUUUUCACCUUCAUACUACGUCCGGGAUGUACCCUGACAAGCCGCCCAAACGGAUAGUGGGUCCCGGAGGACGCAUGGUGGUCAACCCAGAAUGGAAGCGUUGGCGCGAGAAUAUCGAAACUCAAGAAGUUGAGAAAUACGGAUACGAGUUUGUCCCUGCGGGCGCUAUAUACGCUAACGGUACAGAUACAAACAAUACCCUCAUACCUGUUACCAAUCACGAAGACCACGCUGAGAUGGUGAAUAGUGGGUGUCCUUAUCCCUUGGUAGAAGAGGUGGGUGAUUUGUACAACGAGAUGCGCGAGCCUGAUUACGCGCUCGAGAUUGGGGGCGACCCACAGGCUGGACUGAACGACCUAAUCAGCGCUAACUUCGCCAAGUAUGAGCUGAGUCUGGCAACGUUGAGUAAAGUGAUGCGGCUGACUGUGUAUGAUCAACUAGAGUUCAUAAUCGAUGAUAGCGGGUCUAUGGGAGCGUGGAGUGAUACCAUCGAUCCGGUAACUACACAGAAACACACUCGGUGGACAGAGGCAAAGCAUAGAAUCAAGCAGAAACUAGAUAUAUUGAGCCUGUUUGCAUGCCCCCCUAUCCAUUUCCGCUUCAUGAACAAUACGAGGAAUAAUUUCAACGUGACUAGGGCAGGUAAGUCUCCUGAACAGUUUAAAAGAGAAGCAUUCUCAUUAGUAGAAGGAGCCUUCAGGGCGAGGCCUAAUGGCGGGACGCCAGCUUUCACCACACUACAGAAGAGCUUCGAUGAAGGCAGGGGCAAGAAAGUGUUUCGUUAUGUGUACUUUGAUGGUGUACCUAACGAGCGUGUUCGGAAUGCUGAGGAAAAGAUAAGAGAUUUACUCUUAGACCCGAGGGAUCGGGGAAACCCUGAGGAUUCGCCAGUGAAUUUCUUAUCUUGUACGGAUGAGGACGACUGUGUGGAGUGGGUCAAACAACUGGAGGAGGCAGACAUGUACUGUGGCGGGCCUAGUUACUUGGCCGAGAUUGAUGAUUUCGACACAGAAGCGAAUGAGGUGUUCGGUGACCAGGGCAAAGUGUUCCCGUAUAACAAAGGUAUGUAUCUUGUUUGCUCACUGGUUGCCGCCGCAUUCCCAGAUACUCUGGAUGCUCUUGAUGAAUGCAUACCUAUUCCACGCUUCACGCUUGAGAGAGACUUUGUGGGAUUUGAACUGCAGGAUAGCGACUAUAAAAGGUAUUGGGAUGGAUUCAUCGAAGGGCAACAAGUGAAGAGGACUUCACGAGCAUAUAGGAGCGAUAGAAUCGAGAAAUUCAAGGCGGACUUCACAUGGCAUUAUUCAGAUUUUGCACAAUGUAAAGGUGAAAGUAUCGACAUCCCAGCUGUGAAAGUGUACAAGGAGGGUCUCACAAAUUUGAUAAAGACCCCGGGGGAUAACGAUCAAUCUGCACAGAGCAACACGGGAGGUUCCUUUCUAUCCUGGUUCGGCUAUUAAGUACGCAUUCAAAAUAUUAAACGGACAAACCCGUCAAAUUCAUGUAUUUGUGGUGUAGUGAUAUAAA